UAUCUCAUUCGUAUUCGAUCUUAUAGCAGUAUGGUAACUCAAAAAGGCGAACCUGGGAAAGUAGCAAUAAUAGGGGCUGGCGUGUGCGGACUGAUCUCUUUAAGGUAUGCCAAAGAGUCUGGCCACCAAUGCGAUGUCUUCGAGCAGACUGGGGAGUUUGGAGGUACGUGGGUGUACACGGAUAACUACGGAAUAGACGAAAAUGGAUUACCCAUUACUAGAAACCUUUACCAGGAUUUAAUAACGAACGUGCCAAAGGAAAUGAUGGAAUUUCUUAAUUUUCGACAUUCGUCCGAUAUCAAUGAGUCUUAUAUUACUCAACCAUUGGUUUUGAAAUACUUACGCGACUUUGCAGAUAAAUUUGAUCUGGAAAAACAUAUUCAGUAUUACUCGUAUGUUACAAAAGUGGAACCGCAUGACGAUCGAUGGACUGUAACAGUUAGGGACGUUAAACGCAAGGAAGAACGAUCAGAAUGUUACGACGCGGUCUUUAUUUGCAAUGGCAGCUUCGCCCAUCCGCGUAUGCCGGAAGUAAAAGGCGAGAAACUGUUUAAAGGUUUGCUAUUUCAUAGUUGCGAUUAUAGAAGUACAACAUUGUUUGUAAAUAAAAGGGUAUUAGUCGUCGGCGGUUCUUUUUCUGCCGUCGAUAUAUCACGCCUAAUUAUACCAGUUGCCCAAAAGGUAUACAUAAGAGGGGUACUGAAACAGUUCUGUGAUUGA